CACACAAACAAUGCUUCUCCUCAAGUCUUUGCCGUUUACAAUGUAAAUCCGUAAUGAUGUGAGAAAAUGACAGGGAGAUCGAGUAAACCAUAAGCUGGUUCGAUGGCUUUGUUUGGUCAUGUUUCAUGAAAGAGAAGCGGCUGGUUUUUUUUUUUUUGUGAGGUCCAAGGUCACACACACUUAGUGAAAUUAUAAACCUGCAGAUGCAGGCGACUCGACAACUCCCUCACCGAAUGUGUGGUUGGAUGCUUGACAUGUAGUAGUAGUAGUAUCUCGUGUUCUUGUCAACAUCGCAGCCAGUGCCUUUCUCUUUGUCGCUUCAAUCUGCCUCCUCUCGCUAUAUAUCUCGCACCAGGCUGUUCAUAUUUGCUCCUUACCUUCUCACUAAAUUCAGACGAAAAUUCAGAGCUGUAAAAGAAGAAGAAAAAUUCAGAGUUCAAAAGUUCAGUGAGAAUUAUCUUGCAGGUGCUGCAUUAUGGGGGACGAGAAGCAUCCUAGCUCGAAGCUUUCAGAGAUUCUCCGGCCAGGAAAGCUGCUGCACCGGCGGCGGCGGCUCGUCUCCGAGUUCGCCGACGUAGGGCGGGAGGACGCGUUGCACGAGAGCGACACGGUCAAGUACAGGGUGUUCGCCGGCACGUGGAACGUCGCCGGCGUGGCGCCGCCGGACGACCUGGACCUCGGUGACUGGCUGGACGCCAAGGCCGACUCCUACGACAUCUACGUUCUUGGGUUGCAGGAGAUCGUGCCGCUGAACACGAGGAACGUGCUUGGCCCGACGAGGAGCUCGGCCGCCAUGAAAUGGAACUCGCUCAUCGGCGACGCGCUGAACAGGUUCACUACCGGAAGAAGAAGACGAGACGACGACGACGACGAGGGGGCGCAGCGGCAUGGUCAGCAGCAGCAGCCGUUCAGGUGCGUGGUGAGCGAGCAGAUGGUGGGCAUCUUCGUCUCCGUGUGGGCGAGGAGUGGGCUCCGCCGCCACGUCCGCCACGCCGCCGCCUCCUGCGUCGGCGCCGGCGUCCUCGGCCGCCUCGGCAACAAGGGUGCGGUGUCGGUCCGGUUCUUGCUGCACGGCACAAGCUUCUGCUUCGUCUGCUGCCACCUCGCCUCCGGCGGCAAGGACGGCGACGCGCAGCUCCGCAACGCCGACGCGGCGGACAUCCUCUCCAGGACCACCUUCCGCCGCCGCACCACCGCCGCCGCGUCGCCGGCGCCGGAGGAGUUGCCGUUGCCGAGGAAGAUCCUCGACCACGACCGGGUGGUGUUGCUCGGCGACCUCAACUACCGGAUCGCCAUGGACGACGCGGAGGCGCGGCUGCUGGUGCGGGCGGGGAAGUGGAGCAUGCUGCUGGAGAACGACGAGCUCCUCCUCGAGCUCGCCGAGGGCGGGAGCUUCGACGGCUGGCGCGAGGGCCUCGUCACCUUCUCCCCGACCUACAAGUACCACCUCAACUCCGACAUGUUCUACUGGUCCAUCGACGCCGCCGCCGGCGGCGGCGACAAACAGCAGCAGCGCGCGCCGGCAUGGUGUGACAGGAUACUGUGGCGAGGGAAGGGGAUGAGGCAGGCGAGCUACGAGCGCUGCGGCGGCUACCGGAUCUCCGACCACCGGCCGGUGAGGGCGUUGUUCGACGCCGUCUGCGAGCUCGCCGGAGGCGGCGUCGGCGUCGAGCACUCCGCCGCCGGCAUAGCUAGCUUUGGACAUGUCCCGCUUCUGUGAUAUCUCAAAGUGUGAAAGAGUGCCGUACAUUUUUUUUUUGUUACUCCUACUUGGUUGGGAGACGCUCUGACUUUUUACUCUAAGCUUAACUAGCUUUAUAGAACUAUUUUUUGUAAAUAUUAUGCUGAUGUUAUGAAAACAAAUAUAUUAUGAAAAUGUAAUCAAUUAUAAAUUUAAUAAAACUAUGCUGAUGUUGUAAAUAUUA